GGGCGGAGUCAGUAGUGCAGAGCCAGAACCUAGCGCCGGAAGUGUGUCUGCGUAAAACGGAGGCUUGGAGGCGGGACAGGCAGGGCUCCCAAAGCGGAAGUUUCGCGGGGAAGCUUUUGCACCUAAGGACACUUCCUGUUUCCUAGUAACAAUAGGAAGUGUCCGCAGAGCUGGGGGUAGACUCCUGGUUCAUGCCAGCUGCGCCCUCUUUUCUCUACCUCCUUCCUUUCCCCCCCUUCUCCUUUCCCUCUUUCCCUCCCCUCCCACCUCCUGGGAACCCUGGCUGAGUGUGCGUGUGUGGGAGCGCGAGAGCCCCCCGACAGCCACCCCUUGGGGCGCGCGGCUGCAGUUAGGGUAAGGGUCCCAGUGCGCAGGCGCGCUCCCGUUCGCGGUCCCCAACUGACGCGCCCGCGGCGGGAAGGAGAGGGGGCCGCCGGUGCGAGGUAGGCGUCCUGAAAGGAAAUUGGCAGAGGAGAUGAGUGAGGCCUCGGCCCCUCCACCAGAGGAAGGUGCUGCCACGUGUCUGCUCCUUCUGAACCUCCAGGUUUCUGCUACAUUGCCCCAUGGAGGACGCACCCCCCUCACUCAGCUGUUCUGACUGUCAGCGCCACUUUCCCAGCCUCCCAGAGCUGUCUCGGCACCGAGAACUGCUCCAUCCAUCUUCCAACAAGGACAGUGAGGAGGCUGACAGCAUCCCUCGGCCCUACCGUUGUCAGCAGUGUGGGCGGGGCUACCGUCACCCUGGGAGCCUGGUCAACCAUCGUCGGACCCACGAGACUGGCCUUUUCCCCUGUACCACCUGUGGAAAGGACUUCUCCAAUCCCAUGGCUCUCAAGAGCCACAUGAGGACUCAUGCUCCUGAGGGCCGCCGCAGGCACAGGCCCCCACGCCCCAAGGAAGCCACUCCACGCCUCCAGGGUGAGACGGUGUCCACUGACUCCUGGGGCCAAAGGCUUAGCUCUGGUGAAGGCUGGGAAAACCAGACAAAACAUACGGAAGAGACACCUGACUGUGAAUCUGUACCGGACUCCAGGGCAGCUUCGGGUACGUGGGAAGAUCUGCCCACCAGACAAAGAGAAGGCUUGGCAAGCCAACCAGGUUCUGAGGAUGCUGCAGACGGCUGGGGACCCUCCACCAACUCUGCCAGAGCCCCUCCUCUCCCCACCCCAGCCAGCAGCCUUCUUAGCAACUUGGAACAGUAUCUGGCUGAAUCAGUAGUGAACUUCACAGCGGGCCACGAGCCCACCCAGUCCCCUCCUGCCGAGGAGGAGCGGCGGUACAAAUGUAGUCAGUGUGGCAAGACCUACAAGCACGCCGGGAGCCUCACUAACCACCGCCAGAGCCACACGCUGGGCAUCUACCCCUGUGCCAUCUGCUUCAAGGAGUUCUCUAACCUCAUGGCUCUGAAGAACCACUCUCGACUGCAUGCCCAGUAUCGGCCUUACCACUGUCCCCACUGCCCCCGUGCCUUCCGGCUCCCCCGGGAGCUGCUGGAACACCAGCAGUCCCAUGAGGGUGAAAGGCAGGAGCCACCCUGGGAGGAGAAAGGGAUGUCCACCACCAAUGGGCACACAGACGAGAGCAGCCGGGACCAGCUCCCCAGUGCACAGAUGCUGAAUGGCUGUGCAGAGCUUAGCACCUCUGGGGAGCUGGAGGACAGUGGCCUGGAGGAAUACCGGCCUUUCCGCUGUGGGGACUGUGGCCGUACUUACCGCCAUGCCGGGAGCCUCAUCAACCAUCGAAAGAGCCACCAGACAGGUGUCUACCCCUGCUCACUCUGUUCUAAGCAGCUGUUCAAUGCGGCUGCUCUCAAAAAUCAUGUGCGGGCUCAUCACAGGCCCAGGCAAGGAGUUGGGGAAAAUGGGCAGCCAUCAGUGCCACCAGCUCGCCUGCUGCUGACUGAGACCACCCACAAAGAGGAAGAGGACCCCCCCACCACCCUGGACCAUCGGCCCUAUAAGUGCAGUGAGUGUGGUCGUGCUUACCGCCACCGGGGGAGCCUGGUGAACCAUCGCCACAGCCAUCGGACUGGAGAGUACCAGUGCUCGCUGUGUCCCCGCAAGUACCCCAAUCUCAUGGCCCUGCGCAACCACGUGCGGGUACAUUGCAAGGCUGCUCGCCGAAGUGCAGACAUCGGGGCCGAGGGUGCCCCCAACCACCUCAAGGUAGAACUCCCGCCUGACCCAGUAGAGGCAGAGGCAGCCCCGCACACAGAUCAGGACCACGUGUGCAAACAUGAAGAAGAGGCCACAGACAUCACGCCAGCAGCAGACAGGACAGCAGCACAUACCUGUAGCAUCUGUGGGCUGCUCUUUGAAGACCCUGAGAGCCUUGAACGUCAUGGCCUGACUCAUGGGGCAGGGGAAAAGGAAAAUAGCAGGACAGAGACCACAGUGUCACCUCCUCGGGCCUUCGCCUGCCGAGACUGUGGAAAGAGCUAUCGCCACUCCGGCAGCCUUAUCAACCACAGGCAGACCCACCAGACAGGAGACUUCAGUUGUGGGGCCUGUGCCAAGCACUUCCACACCAUGGCUGCCAUGAAGAACCACUUGCGCCGGCACAGUCGGCGGCGGAGCAGGCGGCAUCGGAAGCGGGCUGGUGGUGCCAGUGGUGGGGGAGAAGCCAAACUCCUGGCAGCAGGGAGCUGGACCCGGGAGCUAGAAGACAAUGAAGGCCUGGACUCUCCCCAAGACCCUUCAGGGGAAAGUCCUCACGGGGCGGAAGGCAACCUGGAAAGUGAUGGGGGCUGUUUGCAGGCUGAAUCUGAAGGGGACAAAUGUGGGCUUGAGAGGGAUGAGACCCAUUUCCAGGGUGAUAAAGAGAGUGGAGGCCCUGGGGAAGGACUGGAAAGGAAGAAUGCCAGUUUACUUGACAAUUUGGACAUCCCAGGAGGUGAGGAAGGUGGUGGGACUCGCUUCUGCGAUGGCCUCACUGGCGUGGAUGAAGACCAGAAGCCAGCCACUGGCCAACCCAACUCCUCUUCCCACUCUGCCAACACUGUCACUGGCUGGCAGGCUGGGGCCACUCACACAUGCUCUGACUGUGGGCAUUCUUUCCCCCAUGCCACUGGCCUGCUGAGCCACAGGCCCUGCCACCCACCAGGCAUCUAUCAGUGCUCCCUCUGCCCGAAGGAGUUUGACUCUCUGCCUGCCCUCCGCAGCCACUUCCAGAACCAUAGGCCCGGGGAGGCGACCUCAGCACAGCCUUUCCUCUGCUGCCUCUGCGGCAUGAUCUUCCCCGGGCGGGCUGGCUACAGGCUUCACCGGCGCCAGGCCCACAGCUCCUCUGGCAUGACUGAGGGCUCAGAGGAGGAGGGGGAAGAGGAAGGAGCGGCAGAGGCAGCCCCUGCACGCAGCCCGCCACUGCAGCUCUCGGAAGCAGAGCUGCUGAAUCAGCUGCAGCGGGAGGUGGAAGCACUGGACAGUGCAGGGUAUGGGCACAUCUGUGGCUGCUGCGGGCAGACCUACGAUGACCUGGGGAGCCUGGAGCGCCACCACCAAAGUCAAAGUUCUGGGACUGCUGCAGACAAGGCUCCCAGCCCCUUGGGAGUGGCAGGUGAUGCCACGGAGAUGGUUGUGGGCAGUGUCUUGGAGGACAUAGUGACUUCUGUCUCUGGAGAGGGUGGAGAUGCCAAGUCUCAAGAGGGAGCAGGCACCCCCUUGGGAGACGGCCUCUGCACGCAGGGUGGGGAAAGUUUGCUGGAGGCUCAGCCCCGCCCCUUCCGCUGCAACCAGUGUGGCAAGACCUAUCGCCAUGGGGGCAGCCUGGUGAACCACCGCAAGAUCCACCAGACUGGAGACUUUCUCUGCCCUGUCUGCUCCCGCUGCUACCCCAACCUGGCUGCCUACCGUAAUCAUCUGCGGAACCACCCUCGCUGCAAAGGCUCUGAGCCGCAGGUUGGGCCCAUCCCAGAGGCAGGAGGUAGCAGUGAGCUGCAGGUUGGGCCCACCCCAGAAGGAGGCAGCAGCAAGCCCCAGCACAUGGCAGACGAGGGACUGGGGCAGGCAGAAGUCGAGAAGCUCCAGGAAAAACUUAAAGUGGAGCCCCUGGAGGAAGUGGCCAGGGUGAAAGAAGAGGUGUGGGAGGAGACCACUGUGAAAGGGGAGGAGAUAGAGCCCAGGCUGGAGACUGCCGAGAAGGGCUGCCAGACUGAAGCCAGCUCUGAGCGGCCCUUCAGCUGUGAGGUGUGUGGCCGAUCCUACAAGCAUGCCGGCAGCCUCAUCAACCACCGGCAGAGCCACCAGACCGGCCACUUCGGCUGUCAGGCCUGCUCCAAGGGCUUCUCAAACCUCAUGUCCCUCAAGAACCACCGGCGCAUCCAUGCAGAUCCCCGACGUUUCCGCUGCAGUGAGUGUGGGAAGGCCUUCCGCCUGCGGAAACAGCUGGCCAGCCACCAGCGGGUCCACAUGGAGCGACGUGGGGGUGGGGGCACCCGAAAGCCGACUCGGGAAGAUCGGCCCUUCCGCUGUGGGCAGUGCGGGCGGACCUAUCGCCAUGCUGGCAGCCUCCUGAACCACCGGCGCAGCCACGAGACGGGCCAGUACAGCUGCCCCACCUGCCCCAAGACCUACUCCAACCGCAUGGCCCUGAAGGACCACCAGAGGCUGCACUCGGAGAAUCGGCGGCGGCGGGCUGGACGGUCCAGGCGCUCAGCUGUGCGUUGCGCCCUCUGUGGCCGCGGCUUCCCUGGCCGGGGAUCUUUGGAACGGCACCUGCGGGAGCAUGAGGAGGAGACAGAAAGGGAGCCAGCCAAUGGCCAGGGAGGCCUGGAUGGCACAGCAGCCAGUGAGGCGAACCUGGCUGGUAGCCAGGGACUAGAGGCCCAAUUGGGUGGUGCUGAGCCAGUACCCCAGCUGGAGGAUGGAGUCCCGAGACCAGGGGAGCGCAGUCAGAGCCCCAUCAGGGCAGCAAGCUCAGAAGCCCCAGAGCCACUGUCCUGGGACGCAGGGAAGGCAGGUGGGUGGCCAGUAGGUGGGGGACUGGGGAAUCACAGUGGAGGCUGGGUUCCUCAGUUCCUGACCAGGUCAGAGGAGCCAGAGGACAGUGUCCACAGGAGUCCUUGCCAUGCUGGUGACUGCCAGCUCAAUGGACCUACUCUGAGUCACAUGGAUAGCUGGGACAACAGAGACGAUAGCUCUCAGCUGCAGCCAGGGAGCCACUCCUCCUCUUGCAGCCAGUGCGGCAAGACUUACUGCCAAUCGGGCAGCCUCUUGAACCACAACACCCACAAGACAGACCGACACUAUUGCCUGCUCUGCUCCAAGGAGUUCCUGAAUCCUGUGGCCACAAAGAGCCACAGCCACAACCACAUAGAUGCCCAGACCUUUACCUGUCCUGACUGUGGCAAGGCCUUUGAGUCCCACCAGGAACUGGCCAGCCACCUGCAGGCUCAUGCCCUGGGCCACAGCCAGGUGCCAGCCCAGAUGGAGGAGGCCAGAGAUCCCAAAGCCAGAACUGGGGAGGAUGAGGUGGUUCUCCCUGGUCAAGGGAAAGCCCGGGAGGCCCCAUCAGAAACCCCCGGAAGCCCAGGAGAGAGUGUGGAGAGAGCCAGGGGAGGACAAGUGGUGACGUCCAUGGCAGCUGAGGACAAGGAGCGGCCCUUCCGCUGCGCCCAGUGCGGGCGCUCCUACCGCCACGCUGGCAGCCUGCUGAACCACCAGAAGGCCCACACCACAGGGUUGUACCCCUGCUCCCUCUGUCCCAAACUUCUCCCUAACCUGCUGUCUCUUAAGAACCACAGCAGGAUCCACACGGACCCCAAGCGCCACUGCUGCAGCAUCUGUGGCAAGGCCUUCCGAACAGCUGCCCGGCUGGAGGGUCACGGGCGGGUCCACGCACCUCGGGAGGGGCCUUUCACCUGUCCCCAUUGUCCCCGCCACUUCCGCCGCCGAAUCAGCUUUGUGCAGCACCAGCAGCAGCACCAGGAGGAGUGGACAGUGGCCAACUCUGGAGCCCCAGUGGCACCAGCGACGGGCAGAGGAGACUUGUCAUUGCCCCCUCCACCCACCCCCACGACCCCACUCCUGGAUCCUUCACCCCAGUGGCCUGCAGACCUCAGCUUCUCCCUCUGAACUUCAAGUCUCCAAAGAUCAGAAUCUGGGGGAGGGAGUGCGUGCAGGGAGGGGCUUGAUCUCCACGUUUUCUCAGGAGUAGUUCAGGCAUCCCCAUAUCUUCUCCUCUCCCCUUGUGAAGAGGACCCAGAUCUGGCUUCUUUCCCAAGGAGGGUGUGGGGUGUUCCUCGUGUCCCUGUCCUUGAAGGACCUCCUUCCACCAGGCUCGUCACCAUGCUCUUCCCAGCACCAGCCUCUGCCGAGAUGCCGUGCCACCCUCAGCAGCCAGAUUGUAACACCAGGGAGAGUUGGAUGCAGAGCCUCACAGGUGGGAAAGUUGCCUGUGGAAGGGAGCCUUUUGCUACAAUUUGUAACUUAUUUUCUAAAGUCUAUUUUGUAACAAUUUAUUUAAGUUUAAAAAAAGGAAAACUGCUGCCCCCCAAAAAAAGAAAUUUUCAAAACA